AUGACGGAGUCAAUAUCUUUUGCGCCGAUCGAAGGGAAGAGCCUAGUUCUAUUUCUAUGGUCAGCUUUAGCAGUUUUCUGUUUCACAAUAUUGUCGGUGAAUUGUGGCGGCAAAAAGAAGACCGAACCGCAGAGUGGCGGCGAUCGAGUCGAGAAGACGUCGAGUCGCAAAGCUUCUGAACCUAAGAAGGACGAUUCGAAGGAUAAGGAAGAGAAGAAAGAAGAGAAAAAAGAGGGUGGCAGUAAGAAAUCGAAGAAGAGUGAGAAGAAGACCGACAAGGAUAAAGAAGGCGACAAGGACAAGGAUAAGGAGAAGAAGGAUGUCGACGGAAAAGGAAAGGACAACUUCAAGAAGCCUGAGGAUGAAGCUGCGGUCGCCGGAAAGAAGGAUCCCAACUAUCAAACACUUGCCGGUCUCGAUAAUGAGGGCGUGUUUGGGGCUGAUAAGAACCCGAAGAAGAAAUUCAAGGCUCCGGAGAAGGUUGAAAAGGCUGACGCGAAAGAUCCACAGUAUGAGACUCUUGUUGGACUUGGCGAGGAAGUGUUCAAGGAUGGCGGAGGCGAGGAUAAGAAGGACGAGCCGAAAAAGAAGGAGUUCAAGCCGCCUGAGAAGGUCGGCAAAGCCGACGCGAAAGAUCCGCAAUACGAGACGCUCAAUGAGGUCGACAAGGAGAUAUUCAACAACGACGGAAAGAAGGAUGAGGAGAAGAAGGAUGACAAGAAAGAUGAAAAGAAGGACGACAAGAAGGAUGACAAGAAGGAUGACAAGAAGGACGAGAAGAAGGACGAGAAAAAGGACAAAAAGUGA